GAAAGUGGCGCCGUUUUAGGGUUUCCCGAAGGAAGAUGGAAGAGAGGGGUCCCUCGGUGGACUCCGUCUACCUCCCGAUCAGGGACGCCAGGAAGUGCAUCCACGAGAGGGUGAAUAUCUUCGCUGCGGUCUCCUCGAUCGGGGCCGAGAAGAAGAGCAGGGGAACCGACUAUGUUGUGUCACUAAAGAUAAUGGAUCAGUCUUAUAUGGAACCUGGGAUUUCAGUGAAUUUUUUUGCUGAAGAUAUGACAAAGCUACCACAUGUCAGGGCAAUUGGUGAUAUUAUUAGUCUUCAGAAUGUUGAGGUGAGAAUUCACAGAGGAGAUGUUUAUUGUGUUCACAAUAAGAAGUUUUCUGCCUUCGCUCUGUUUCAAGGGAAAACAACAUCUGGCUUGAUUCAUUAUCAGAAAUCAGCGAAGUAUCAUGCUACCAAUCAUGAUGAUGAAUUUUUGUCACAAAUAAGGACAUGGUUGCUUGAUAAUCCGCCUAAAGCAGUUGGGAAAGAUGUGCCAUUGUUGCUGCGUAGGAUUAAGUUAGAUCUUGCUUUUGAUUUAGUUUGCAAGGUUCUUCAUGUUUCUGAAACUUCUAAAGGGGAUUGGAUGCUCUUUGUGUGGGAUGGAACUGAUACUCCUCCAGCAAAAUUACAGUUUGAUCUUGAGCUUCAAGGGGAAAGGCCAUGUUCUUUACAUGUUGAAGAGUUGCCUCUUACAAUAGAGGUUUUAUGCACAUUUCCUCGUGUUGGUUCAGUCUUAAGAGUAUUUGCUAGCAAGUCUUUUAAAGUGAUAACACAUCUACAUGGUGGUAAUCAGUGGGUCAAGUUAUGUAAUAUGAUCUGUGGGUUGCAUGAUGGUAUGUGGAAUGGCAUGCUGCAACCUUGUAGUGAAGUCCUUCUUUUGUCUGAUGAAGACUCGAUUGCAAGGGAACAUUUAAAGACAUAUGAUCGCCGCCUUGCAACUGCAUUGGAAAAUUAUCCUAUGACAAGCUUUCCUGCACCUUCUCAUAUUACAGUGCUGGAUUAUGAUUACAAGCCAUAUACAACUUUGAUAGAAUCCCUCAGUCAUCCAGAGGUGACACAUAAGUGCAUGUGCAUUGUGCGAGUGGUGGCAGCAUAUCCUUGGCAAGCUAAGGACCUUCGUUCCCCAGUUACGGGGCACUACCGUAUUAGAUUUACUGUGGAAGAUCCAACAGCAAGAAUUCAUGCAUACAUUUGUGGAGAAGAUGGGGUAAAAUUUUUCGAAGGAUACCCAACCACAGAAGUAUUAACCAGCAAGAUGGACAAGCUACUCGGUAUAACUGAUACUGAUGGACAAGCAGGAAGUGAUGAUGGUGUUAGAAAUCCACCAUGGGUGUGGUGCUGUUUAAAAUCUUAUUAUUUGGAUGAAAACAAUCCUCGAGGAAGCCGGAGAUAUCGGAUAUUUAGCACGACACUAGUUGGGUGAAAACAUGUUUAUUACCUACCCCAUCUCAAAAAAGAAUUGUGUUAUAAUAGCAUUUUAGACGUAUCAUGUAAAUGUUGCAACUCCCUUCACCUGGGCACGGAUGCCAAUGCCAUGUUUUGUUUGCAGUGUGGCUCCAUCACGACGUCCUUGUAUAUUUCUUGUUAGAUAUUUGUUCAAAACUCUCGAGCUUCGUGUGAAUGAAUGAAUCAUCUUCUCCCC